AUGCUUCGGCCCGCUGUUUCGGAUCCAGUGCUCUUCAAGCCAAAUGAAAUCGCAUUUUUGCGAGGUUGGAAUCUCGACCGAGAACCCCACAUUCCAACUGCCUCUUCCUCAGAACUCUUAUACGGACUGUAUGUAAAUCUUUCUGAGGCUAACGCAAACGAUACUAAAAUGCCACGUAGCGAACGUGAGAAGCGUCAACGAAAAUUGCAGUUUCAGCUGAAGCGAAGGAAUUCGGUGCUGUUGGCAAACUUCAAGGAAGAGAUGACCAGGCCUAUUGCCGCUGGAAUGCGUCGAUCGUGGUCCUGUGUAGAGCUCGGAAGGACGUCAUGCCGUGAAAACACUCAAACCAAGAGGGUGUCUUUCUCAGUUACAGUACCGCCACCAGCAUACCCUGAUAUUGAAUCCACAACUUAUGAUUUGUGUCCACCGAAGAUAUCCGCUCGACCAAUCCUCGUCCGCCGGAACACCACCUAUUCCACCAAAGACAAUCAUAUUCAUAUGGAUUUCGAUUCCUUCAUUGCAUGGAGGAGAGGAUCCAAGAUGAGUGAUGACGUGAAACCUCAGCCAAAGAAGAACAAGAAUAAAGGAGAAUCAAGGAGAAAGGAUAGUAACGACUCCACAAAGAAAGAGGAAAUGGAACAUGGUGACUGGUGGAUUGUCAAAAUAGCAAAGAUGGGAUUCGAAAGCUGUUUCCGACGACCACGGGUCACACCAAGCCCUCAAGAGUCAACUGAUGAGAAGCUGGAAAAAUAUUAA